AUGGCGGUGGAGAUCCUCGAGUCCUGCAUGGACGGCGCCGGCCGCCCGGAGAUCCACUGCACCGGCGAGGGCGCGCUCCUCGUCACCGCACGCACCGACGCUACCCUCCAGGACCUCGCCACCGCCGGCGGGUUCGCCCCGUCGGAUGAGCUGCGGCAGAUGCUUGUCCCCUCGGCUGCCGACGGCGAAGACCGCGCCGGCAUCUUGGCCAUGUUCCAGGUGACGUCGUUCAAGUGCGGCGGGGUGUGCGUGGGCGCGGCGAUCCACCACACGGCGGCGGACGGCCUCGCGGCGCUCGACUUCGUCAACACGUGGGCCGCCAUCGCGAGCAAGGGCGUCGACGAGGCCGCACCGCGCCCAUGGCUGGACCGCACGGUCCUCCGCGCGCGCUCCCCUCCCGACGUGCGCUUCGACCACAGCGAGUACGCCCGGCGCCGCGGCGGCGGUCCAAAGACAGCGAGGGUCCCGUUCGACUCCGCCAUCCUGCCCAUGUCCAAGACCCAGCUGGACGCUCUCAAGGCCGGCGGUGGCCAAGGCAAUAAGAAGGUAUCCACGUUCAAGGCCGUGGUCGCCCACGUGUGGCGGUGCGCGUGCAUGGCGCGCGGGCUGGCGGAAGACGACGACACCCGCCUGUACAUAACCGCCGACGCGCGCUCCCGCGUCCGCCCGCCGCUCCCGGCAGGGUACCUCGGCAACGCCAUCUUCCGCGCGUCAGCGGUGGCCAAAGCGGGCGACGUCGUCUCGGAGCCGCUCGACGCCGUCGCGGGCAGGGUGUCCGGCGCCACCGCCCGGCUGGACGACGAGUACGUGCGGUCGCUGGUGGACUGCCUGGAGCAGGUGGGGCUGCCCAUCUACGACACCGACUUCGGCUGGGGCCGGCCGGCGUUCAUGGGCCGCGCGUGCCUCCAGUUCAGCGGCCUCGUGUACCUCGUCCCCGGUCCGGACGGCGACGGCCGCCUCGACGUUGUCGUGGCCAUGGAGCCCAAGAGCCUGGCCAGGUUCAAGGAGCUGUUCUAUGAGCUCACCAAGGGUGCAGGUGUUCUGUGCAUGGCCGAAUAA